AUGGCGUCUCAAGAAAACCCCAACGCACCUCCCGCCGCAGCAACUGAUGCGGUUUUGGUCGUGUCUGAGGAGAUGCCCGAGGGUACUCAGAAGGUGGAGGAGCUGGACUUUGACAACAUCAAGGGACCCAUCACCGCCGAGAACCUCUUCGAUGGCAUGAAGUACAUGGGCUUCCAGGCCUCGUCUCUUGGCGAGUCCAUCCGGAUCAUCAACGACAUGAGGGCAUGGCGCGAUCCCGAAACAGGGGACAAUACCACCAUCUUUCUCGGCUACACAUCAAACAUGAUAUCUUCUGGCAUGAGAGGCAUCUUCAGGUGGCUCGUCAAGCACAAGCAUGUGUCUGCCAUCGUGACAACAGCUGGAGGUGUCGAGGAGGACUUCAUCAAGUGCCUGGGUGACACAUACAUGUCCUCCUUCAGCGCACCGGGCGCCGACCUGCGCAAGAAGGGCCAGAACAGAAUCGGCAACCUCGUCGUCCCCAACUCAAAUUACCGCGAAUUCGAAGACUGGGUCGUUCCCAUCUUCGACGCCAUGCUCGAGGAGCAGGAGGCCAGCAAGGGCACUGACGAUGAGAUCAACUGGACCCCUUCCAAGAUGAUCCACCGUCUGGGCAAGGAGAUUAACGAUGAGCGAUCUGUUUACUACUGGGCGUGGAAGAACGAUAUCCCCGUCUUCUGCCCGGCGCUUACGGACGGUAGUUUGGGUGACAUGCUGUACUUCCACACCUUCAAGGCCUCGCCGAGGCAGCUCAAGUGCGACAUUGUCGAGGACAUUCGUCGCAUCAACACCAUCUCCGUCCGCGCGAAGCGCGCCGGCAUGAUCAUCUUGGGCGGUGGUGUAGUCAAGCACCACAUCGCAAACGCAUGCCUGAUGCGCAACGGCGCCGAGUCGGCCGUGUACAUCAACACAGGCCAAGAAUUCGACGGAAGCGAUGCUGGCGCCCGUCCGGACGAGGCCGUUUCCUGGGGCAAGAUCAAGGUCAAUGCCGAUGCUGUCAAGGUCUAUGCGGAUGCCACUCUGGUGUUCCCAUUCAUCGUCGCAAACACAUUUGCCAAGGACCGUACAUAG